AUGCUAUGGCUGAUGUAUUUUGUGUUUUUCCUGUAUGGCAGUGUAAGAGGACCUCUCAACUUUGUGUUCCUUGCCAUGUUUCUGAUUCACUAUUUACACAGGGGAAUAAUUCACCCUCUGACCAUGAGAUACAGCAGUGCCACCGUGAGUUUAGGUAUAACAUUAGGAGGGUUUUUCCCCAAUUGUAUCUAUCACUUCAUCAAUGCAGAUUUCAUCAGCAAUGCUAUAUUUGAUGUGGAUUAUUUCUAUGAUCCACGCUUCAUAUUAGGCUCUCUCCUGUUUAUUGUGGGAUACAUCACCAACAGAUGGGCUGAUCUCAAGCUCAGGGGAUUGAGGAAUGUACAAGGUACAGCAGGAUAUUACAUUCCUUAUGGUGGUAUGUUUGAAGUGGUCUCCUGUCCUAAUUACCUGGGGGAACUUGUACAGUGGGUAGGAUGGACAUUGGUAACCUGGUCACUUGCAGGUCUGGUGUGGACUAUGUUCUGUGCUGCUACCUUUAUACCACGAUCAUACCACAAUCACAGAUGGUACAAGCAGCAGUUUGAACUAUACCCUUUGAAUAGAAAAGCUCUUAUUCCAUUUAUAUUUUAGACAAAAUGGAAUUGUUCUAUGACAGUUACAUUGUGUUCUACAUGUAGCUGAAGUCUUGUUUAAUAUAACUUUGUUUUAAAAUGAUGUUGUGGUGUUCAAGUCUAUCAUGUUGUGGUGUUCGUGUCUAUCAUGUUGUGGUGUUCAUGUCUAUCAUGGUGUGGUGUUCAUGUCUGUCAUGUUGUGGUGUCUGUGUCUAUCAUGUUGUGGUGUCCGUGUCUGUGAUGUUGUGGUCUUCAUGUUGUGGUGUUCACAUCUAUCAUAUUGUGGUGUGUGUGUCUAUCAUGUUGUGAUCUUCAUGUUGUGGUCUUCAUGUCUGCCAUGUUGUGGUGUUCACAUCUAUCAUAUUGUGGUGUUUGUGUCUAUCAUAGUGUGGUGUCCAUGUCUAUCACGUUGUGGUCUUCAUGUCUGCCAUGUUGUGGUGUUCUCGGCUAUCAUGUUGUUGUGUCCGUGUCUUUCAUGUUGUGGUGUUCAUGUCUGCCAUGUUGUGGUGUUCACAUCUAUGGUACUCAACAGUGUUACUACAGAAAGCAGAACUGUCAUGGGCCAUGAGUGCUAUAGGCGCUACAGGAAAAUGGUGUGGGCUGUUAAAAUAUCUACGUGUUGCCUACUUAGAUAUUUUCAUUGAUGAUAGUUUUGUUAUAGAUGUAAAUGAAGAGAUUGUUAACUGUGAGCACAUUAUGCCUACGUAUUGAAUCACUGUGACAGACCAAACUCCUGAUUUGUAUUUGUGUGGAUAAUGACACUGACACAUACACCUGUUUUACACGUUUCCUAAAAUGUUCACCUUCUCAGGAAGCAGACAGUUUGCUGCUCCUGUUUGUUGUCAUAGUACCUGUACGAUAUAAACAUUUUCACUCUCUCAGGAAGCAGACAGUUUGCUGCUC